AUGCUCAUUUAUGCGAAUUCAAUGGUCAUUGAAGAAUCCACCAAGGCUGUACAAGCCUCAAACAAGAAAAUCACUGAAGUUGUGAACAAGGUUCUGCUCUUACAAUUCAGAGUCAAAGAAUUCAUGGCUAAUUUAAGGGCUUCUGCAGAUAAGAUAAGAACAGAUAUGAAUAUGGUUAUUAAAGCCUUUGGUUCUUCCUUGAAGGCUGAGAGGGAAGAUCUUUCUAAGAUUCGUGGUGAUAUUAAGUUGGACAAUGUUGAUCAAAACUCCACCAUCACCACUCAGCUUGAUAACCUAAAGCCUAACAUGGUAGCAGAGAAUAAAAUCAUGGAUGCCCUAGCAGAGCAAACUCAGAAGGCAAAAGUUUUGACUGAGAACUUGAAGCAUGCUAAAUUAGAAGUUGAUAAGCUUCAAGAGGAAAAGAUUUCAAUAAAGGCUUUCUAUUCGGAAAUUCAUCAAAGACUGUUGAUAAUUGUUGAGACCAGAUCUCAUCCAUUCAAUGAUACUAGGGGUGGCAAAUCAGGCCAUCGUGUCUUGUUUUUGUCUAAAACAACACGACACGACACGACACGAUCUCAGUUAGAUGGAUAUCGAGAUCGCCUCAAUUCUGAACAAAAGACCAAUAGUGAAGCAUUUAAAGAACCUAAGGAUAUCCAAGAUUUUCCAAGAGGAUUGAUCGAUAAGGAAUAUUGGAGCAUCGUGUAUAAGAAAAAUGAGGAUGGUGUUCUGAAGAAUCAUAUGUUCUUUUUAAGAAACAAACAUUUGUAUUCCACAAGCACAAUGAAUCAGAUUCUCACAAGGGCUUAA